AAGAAAAGUCAAAGGCACAGCAAUGAAGAUGCAACACUAUAAAAGGAAGGUCAAACUCUAAAUUUUCUCUUGUUGCCGGCGGCGAAACCUCCGGUUGGCCUUACAAACAACCAAUACCCACCACUCUGAGAUGAUCAGAUCAAUCAGAUACAGGAAGAAGCGGAAGUUGAAGAAAAACGUUCAAUUACCCCAAAACCCUUCAAUAAUUCCUGGUGAGCUUCCUGAAGAACUCAUCUUUUCUGAAAUCCUUCCAAGAUUACCGGUAAAUUCCUUAAACUGCUUCAAAUCCGUGUCAAAAACAUGGAAUUUUAUAUUAUCAUCCCCAAAUUUCAUCAAAUCCCAUCUCAAUUGCACAAAUUCAAACCCUUUUGUGCCCACUAAAUCUGUGUUCAUUAAAUCUGCAUAUGACUUUUACAUUCUUAAUUAUUCUGCAUAUGAUAGACUCACAGAUGAUAACUAUGGUCAAAAGGGUUUAAUUAAGACUAAAAUUCUCCAUUUUAGUGAUAAUUGCGUGAAUACUUUCUUGAUUGGUUCAUGUAAUGGGUUGAUUUGUUUUGGGCGUGGGACUGCGUUUAGUAAGUUUGGUUAUAACUUUCGUUUUUAUAAUCCGGUAACGGGUCGGGUUCUCUGUGUGUCUGAUCCUUUGGGGAAUUAUCAAGGGAGACUGAUUUGUGGGUUUGGGUUUGUUUCUUCUAAAGAUGAUUAUAUGUUGUUUGUUGGUGGUCUUCAGAGGAGGACUAGUGAGAAUUUUGUGUAUGUUUAUUCACUGAAGUCUAAUGAUUGGAGGAAAAUUGGGGAGUUUGGUGAAGAUGAGUUUUCGAUUUUCUUGGGUGGUAGAGGAGUAUUGGUCAAUGAGACAUUGCAUUGGGAUAAAACCCAAGUUCGAAGAUCGAAUGCUAAGAGUAUUUGUGGGUUUAAUUUGGUUGAUGAGAGCUUCAAGGAAGUGAUGAUGCCGAGGGUGUUUUGGGGUAAUGAUGAUCAUUUAUUGGAUUUCAAGGUGACUGAGAUGGGUGGGUGUUUGUGUGCUUGGGCUCAAGAUGUUUAUGGAGGGGCGGAAAUGUGGAUGUUGAUGCAAUAUGGGGUGUGGGAAUCUUGGACGAAACUUUUCAAAAUUGACUUGAUUCCAGGUUUGGAUAACUUCUAUGGAUGCUUAGAGAACGGGAAAGUUUUGGUUCAUACAAACAAUGGAAGUCUUUUGCUUGGUCAUCCAGAUCAAGGUCCGCGACAGUUAAUCUCGUUAGUGAAAGAUUUGGGUGAUAUUGAAGUAGUGAGUUACAUUCAGAGUCCUGUUUCUCCUUUCCUUUGAAUGUUCCUGAAUUGCUGAAAAUGAGACCAAGGACAAGUGAAGUGAUCGCCAUUGGAACGGUACAUUUGUCAUUUAUCAGUGAAUUUCUUUUUGUAUAGAUUUCAUCGAGUUGGUGCAUUUAACAUUUACCUCCUGAAUCGCGUUGUAAGUAGUAAUCAAAUAUGUAUGUAUGAUUGUUUAGUUCUACAUCAAGGUUGGAUUUUUCACA